UAUUUAUAUUCUCGUGAACAUUCGGAACCACCAGUUUGGCAGAAAAACAGAACUGUAUUUUAUAUAUUCUUAAUCUUUAUUUUUUACAUAUUAUCUAUCGCUGCCUGCAAUAUGAACAUUGUGAACGCUUUCAGAAACCUAUAAACUCCCCCAGGUGUGUCGUAGUGGAUUCUACCGCUUUCCCGCAAUAAGGUGGAUUUUUAACUUGCUUUUGAAUUUCGCUUGAACUGUCAGUGAUAUAAGUAGGAGGAACCGUUUUGGGAAGCAGACCCAGAAAAGAAACACAGAGUUUCACAGAUUUAGUCGUCAGUUUCUUUUGGAUUACUGAAGAGUCAGCGGCAUACAUGUACAACUACGGAAACCUGGGCAGAGGAAUCGAUCGGACCUUCCCAGAUAGCGCCUCUGGAUCAGGCUCGAACUCUGCAUCUCUCGCUACAACCGCUGUCACAACUCAACAACAACAACAACAACAACAACAACAACAACAGCAGAAGUACUCUGUGGCAGGAUCCAGUCAGUUUGUGCCCAGUCUCAACACUAUAACUUCAAACCAGGACCUUCAAUGGAUGCUUCAGCCCUCUCUUCUGGGCACCCCGGGGCCAUCCAGGGCACUUCGACCAACUUACCCACUGCCACCAAGAAUCCCAUCUAUGAAUCCUCAAUUUUCUCAAUCCCAUUUAUCCCGGCCAGGUGUUAUUAGAGCUGCUACAGCUGUUGGCAGCUCAACAAGAAGCAGACAUGAUGAACAUCUAUCCCCUGAGGAACUUGAGCGGCGUAGAAUUAGAAGGGAGCGUAACAAAAUGGCUGCUGCCAAGUGCAGGAAUCGUCGACGCGAACUGACUGACACGCUGCAAAACGAAACUGACCAGUUAGAGGAUGAAAAAUCACGUCUGCAGAAGGAGAUCGCAGAGCUUCAGAAGCAAAAGGAAAAGCUUGAGUUGGUCCUCGAGGCCCAUAGACCCAUUUGCAAAGUCCAGGACUCUGACUCGGACUCCGACUCAAACAAUGACCUCCCGACACUGAGUGGAAUCAAGGUUGAGCCUGCGGACCCUGAUCUUCCUGGACCCUCAGGAGAAUCUAAGAGUCAAAUCAAGCUUAACAAACCCAAGCCCAAAAUUACCAUCCCACCUCCAGCUUCAGCCUCCUCUGUUACCAGCGUAGCUCUAGAAUCAGAGUCUCUUCAUACUCCCGUCGUCAUCUCCACUCCAUCGCUGACUCCUUUUUCUGCCAGCCUGGUCUUCUGCUACCCCUCUUCUUCAGUGGAUUCCAGCUCAGCGACUUCAUCCCAAGCCCCUAGUCUCGCCGCCUCUCAACACGCUACCAGCCAGUCUUCUCGUAACCCUCAGCCGUGUGGUGUCGCUCAUCGCCGCAGCAGCAGCAGCGGGGAUCAGUCAGAUCAUUCUCUCAAUUCACCAACUAUCCUCACCCUUUGAUUUCUCACCUGCUGUGAGGGAAAAGUGUUUAUGACUUUCAAAAGUGUCCUUACUACUACAUGCAAGCAAGCAUAAGCAAGUACUGCAUGUGUUAUGCUUUUACCUGUGUAUUCUGUUUACCUUUAUUAAUAGCAAUUAUCUAGUCACUUGAAUGCAUUAUAAGAAUACAGAAGCACGUGUUAAAGGUGAUGGGUGUAACAUUUUUGAUGUUGAAAUGCUUUCUCCUGUCCCAGCUUAAUGAGGAGACACAACUAUGCCAUUCGAUGGCUGAUUAGUAAUACUGGCUAAACCAGGGGCGUGAAUUGGCGUGGACUGUCUGUUUGUCCAACCAAUGAUGACAGUCUUUAUUUUUGCCAUUUGAGUCGGUGACGCUAGUGAUGCAGAAAUUACACACUUCACCUUUAUGUAUGUGUAGUGCAAAAUGAAAAGUAACUUUUAUAUGAAGUAGACUGAAAUCAUCACAGCACACACACACACACACGUGUUGUAGUUGUCAUAAGUACCGACUUCGAUACCAAGUCGGUACUGAAAUUUAAAAAAUGUGACGUUUUGAGCACUGUUGAGCGGAUGCACUCAACCUAUAUGUCUGUGAUCGGCUACAAUGAUCAUCGCACGGGAGCGUUUGAAAGCACACUGAAGUGUUUGAAUUCGAAAGCGCUUUGAAAGCAGAAGCAGGAGCGUUUGAAAGCAGCCAUUUAUCAGCGGAAGAACACCCCCGUGUGCAAAGACGCUUGGUAAAGAGUGUCAUUGAUGCUUAAUUACAACAUGUUUUUGAAGCGUUGAUCUUUGUAGCCAAUCACAGACAUAUAACUGAUGAGUGUGUGAACACAAUGGCCAAUCAGAGGUGUUUACGAAUCCGCUCAAAAUUUCACUACAGACUUGGUACUGAAGUUGGUACUGUAAUAUAUAUAUAACAUUGAAAAGAAAACUGACUGACAUUUAAGCCCAUAACGUUUGACUGCAGUGGCAUUAAUAAUAGUAUUAUUGAUAUUCAUUUAUUUCAACUACACAUUUAGUAUAUCGUUGACGGUACUGUCACAGUUAAAUAUCUGGCCUACUAACAAAUUUAGAGGUUGCUGUGGAAGUUUGAGAGUUAGUGAGAGCACAAUGUAGAUCGCUCACCAUUAUGCCCUUCAGGAAACUGUGUUAAAGCAAUUUUUAGAGUGUCUAUUAAGUUAUUUAUUAUUAUGUUACCAACUUUAGAAAUGUUAUAGUUUCAAUUGAUGGAUUUGAAUUUAUGUCAGUUCUACUGUCUUGCUAUAGACGUUUGUGGAUUUACACAGUGUACUGCUAUCUCUUUGUCAUGUCAUUUUAUGUUUUUAACCUAGAUUUUAAGAAACAUAUUGUGAUAAUAACAGUGUGUGCUGAAUAAGCUAGUUUUAAAGAAACUGAAGGGACGUAGCCUUACCUGGUUCUUUACAUACAAUGUCUGCAACACAACAACUCAACACUGAGAAUGUACACUUCAAUGACCGGCUCACUGUUACACUGGUUAAAUUAUAUUUUAACUUCACCGAACACUUCAGUGGUUACUCUACAGUGGUUUUUCCCUACAAGUACAACGGUGUGUGAUUCACAGGCCAGUAGAAGUAAAUUAUUAAGAUUUUAUACUGUAUUUAAUACACUAUGUUAGAAUCUACUAUCACUUGACCACAUAUAGUUUUGUAUUUAUUUUUGAAAAAAAAAGAUUUUUAAAAAAUACUUUUUACUGGAAACAUGUUGCAUGCUGUUUAACAUCUAAUAAUAAAUGAUUACUGAAAAUAUGUGCUGCUAUUGGGAAUGUUAUGACUUCUGAGCUUGAAAUUAGGAAUUCCAUUUAUUCCUAUUCUGUAUGAAAAAAAAAAAAAUCAGUUGAAGUUGAUAUAUGGCCCCUUCAUAAGACUAUUUGUAGCUGUAAUGUUAUUUCAGGGGGCACACAGAUAUAUAAAUAAUGAAGUAAAUGUUUAGUAAGUUACAUAAUGGAAAGCAAGUCUCUCUCUGCACACAGGGGUAUGAGGAGGGGUUGAGGACACCAUUUCCUCCUAGUUCAAUGAGUCACAAACACAUUUGCCUCUGAACUGAAUCCAGUUGUUAAACACCCUCCUCUAACAGUGUUGAUCUUAAUGUGAUGUUUGAAAAAUUAAACAAUUAAAUUUCUACUCAGGA